CCCGGAAGUCUCGCGAAUCCCUGCGUCGGCGACGUGGGAAGUGCUUCCUGGAACCUCAGAGGAGGUCGUAAAUCAUGUGACCGCGGCUCUUAGAAGAACCUGUCUCAGGCAGUCCCUGAAGUGACAGCUCAGAGUAUCGAGCAGCCCAGAAACCCAGGCUUGGCGAUUGAUCCUCCGGGAGAAAGGGGUUCAUCAUGGCGGAUGUGAGUUAAUACCCCCACACAAGAGGAAGUAAAGAGUAGGGAAACGGAUGAGGCUACUGGGCACGUCCCACGUUCAAAUUUAUUUCUUUUUAGCGCUCCCCUCCAAUUUUCUCCAGGAUCUGGAGUGUGAGAAUAAUAUGAAUAACUUGCGGAGUCCUGAGUUUCUGCUUGGAAUGAGGGUGAAAGACGCUAAGGUGCCUGAGACUGAGAAAGUUUUAUUUUUUCCCCAACCCAAGUUCUGGGAGCCUAAGACAGACUCUGCAUGUUUACCGUUUCCAUUUCUAAACGGUGGUUUGCUAUGAGUCUUUUGUCAGUAAGUGGUUGUGUCUCUCUGGGUUCAUUGUAGCAAUCUGAGCUUUAUAACUAAUACCUCUUUAGCACAACCAUAUAGCCAGAAUAAUAAAUUUAGGGAACUUCAUUGUACUAGUUAGUAGAAACAGCUGGGAAUUAAUACUACUAAUGUUUGUGUUUGUUUACAUUUUACGUACUGUGUUUUUUGUUUGUUUGUUUUUCUUAUAUACAUGCUAAAUAUUCUUUGGAACAUUGAACUCAUUUAAUUCUUAAAACAGUUUUUAUGAGGUAGCCACUGUUAUUGUUAUCCCUGUGUUAUCAAUGAGGAUGCUGAGGCACAGAAAGAGCAGGUAACUUCCCUCAAGUUACACAGUUGAUAAGUUGUGGAGUCAAGAUACCAGCACAGGCAGACUAACUCCAGAGUCCUUACUCAUAACCAGUAGGCUAAAUGGUUAUUCGACAUUAAUAUGAAUCUGCUGUUUCUUUUUGGGUUGCAAGAUUAUGUGUUUGAACAUUUAGCAACUUUGUGUGCCUUUAUCACUCCGUUUUUGGUUGUCUUCCAUUACAUUCUUUAGGCCUUAUUCUCUAGGCAUAAUCAAAUCACUAAAAGUCUUUUGAGAAAAGACUUGAACAGAUGGCUGUAAUAAGACCUGUAGGAAAAAUAAAAGACUAAGGUAUAAUUAGUCUCCUCAAGCGUUUUUAAAGUUUUUUUUUUAAUAGGCAAGUAAUCAUAGAUGUGCAUACAUUAAUUUGUGAAAAUUCAAAGGAGAGAGGGAUUACAUCAGUUUGUCUUUAUCAGGAAAGCCUGUUUAGAGUAUUUGGUGGUUGAGAUUAGCCCUAAAUGAUGUGUAGCAGGCUUUUUUGUUUGUUUUGUUGUUGUGGUUGCUGUUGUUUUAAUGGCUGCACCCUUGGCAUAUGGAAGUUCCAGGCAGGAACUGAAUCCAAGCUGCAAUUGGGACCUAUGCUGCUACCUGUGUUGGAGUGGGGGUUGGGGUAGGACCCAAGCCACUGUGGUCAGAUUCUUUUUUUUUUUUUUUUUUUUUUUUAGGGCAGCACCCACGGCAUGUGGAGAUUCCCAGGCUAGGAGUCUAAUUGGAGCUGUAGCCACUGGCCAACGCCACAGCCACAGUGAUGCCAGAUCCUUAACCCACUGAGCUAGGCCAGGGAUCAAACCUGCAACCUCGUGGUUCCUAGUCGGAUUCGUUUCCACUGCGCCAGGAUGGGAACUCCUGCAAUCAGAUUCUUAAACUCACUGUGGGCACAGUGGGAACUCCAGUAGCAGUUUUUCUUUAAAGUAAGAGUGAAAGAGUAAGUAUUACUAGUAGAAUGAAUAGCAUAAGCAAUAUCAGAGAGCUGGGAAGAGGUAGGAUGUAUGUGGAGGAGCUGUGAAUAAUCCAGUUCAACCUGAGCUGAGGCUAUGUAUGAGGAAGUGAUAGGAAGCAGGACUGUAAAAUUAGUUGUAGACUAUUGUAGAGAGCUUCAAAUGUCUAUAGAAUUUGUACGUAAUUUGGUGAACAGUGAAGAGCCAUUCAAACAUUGGCUCUUGAUCUUGGCUGCAUGGGGAAUCAUGUGGGGAGCUACCUCCAACCCAGGCAUCAAAGUUUUUAAUAUGCUCACCAAGUGUUUUCCAUAGUCAAGGUGGAGAAUCGCUGCAGUUGUGGAUUUAGAGAAGGAGAAUAUAUGAUUAUUGGCAUUGUGUAGACAUGUAUGGGACAGAAAUGAGAGAUUAUCAUAUCAAUUGGAAGGCUAGUGAAAGUCAUAAAUAACAAAAUGAACCUAAAUUGUAGUGUCAUUUGAAAAGGAGAGAAGGAGAUCAGCUUAAAAACAUUUGACUUUGUAGAUGAAAUUUUUUAAAUGACACAUGUAAGUUUAGGGUUAAAUAUUACUUUGUGUUUCAAAGCUGAAUAUGUAGCAGGGAUUGGUAGUCCUAUUCGUGGAAGCAAGAAGAGAUUUGGAAAAUCUGGUUUUUGAAUGAAAAAUGAUGAGUUAAGUUUAUGACGAUGUGUUCAAGAUGAGAGCAAAGAUAAGCUGGGGUCAAUAACAUGAAAGAAAAUGAACAUUCAGGUUUAGAGAAUAGUAGAAAUUAGAGAGUCGUAACAACAGAUGUCUGAUUUGCUAUGUAGAGUUCAUAAUUGAUGCCUGGAUUGUCAGUGAAAUUCCCUGGAUGAGAGAGUGUAAAGACCAAAAUAAAGCAUUCUGCUUUUUCUGUAAUUAUGAUUAUGUUCCAUGCUAAACAUUUGACGUACAUUGUCAUUUGCAAAUGAGUUGCAAAGAAGCUAGUCAGCUUCUAAUCAUCUCCCAGGAUCAUUAAAUUGAUGUUAGGGAGUCUGUGGGCAUGGAAGGAUGUUCAUAACCUCUUCUCAAGUGAACACAACAGUAGCAACAGGAUGUGCAGUAGUAUAAAAACUAUGAUCUAAUAUUAUAGCUAAUACAUAUUUGUGUUUCUACGUCUGGAUAUGCUAAUCACUUCCUAUGCAUCUUCCAAAAAAACUUUAAACAGCAGUUUUAUGAUGGAGGUUCUAUCAUUACACCUACUCAACAAAUAAUGGAACUGAAGCUUAAAGGAAAAAGUUAACUUACUGCAAGUCACAGUUAGUUAAAGCAUCAAAAGCAGAAAGAGAAAGGCAAAAACACAAGCAAGAAUGGUUAUGAAUGAAUACUCAAGAUACCUGAGAUGUGGCUAGGACAGUAUCUAGAGAACCAGUACAAGACAUAUUAUCAUAUGAUUUUUUAUAUUCUCUUUCAGGACCUAAAACGAUUCCUGUAUAAAAAAUUGCCAAGUGUUGAGGGGCUCCAUGCUAUUGUUGUGUCAGAUAGAGAUGGCGUCCCCGUCAUUAAAGUGGCCAAUGAUAAUGCUCCAGAGCAUGCUUUGAGACCUGGUUUUCUAUCUACUUUUGCCCUUGCAACAGAUCAAGGGAGCAAACUUGGACUUUCAAAAAAUAAAAGUAUCAUCUGUUACUAUAAUACCUACCAGGUGGUUCAAUUCAAUCGUUUACCUUUGGUGGUGAGUUUCAUAGCCAGCAGCAAUGCCAAUACAGGACUCAUUGUCAGCCUAGAAAAGGAACUUGCUCCAUUAUUUGAAGAAUUGAGACAAGUUGUGGAAGUUUCUUAAUCGGGCAGAUUUCAGUGUAUAUCUUACUACCUUCAUUAUAACAGACACAACAUCAAUCCAGCAAUCUUUAGACCACAGCAGUACUUGUAUCCAUGUACUCAAGAAAGGGCCCCUGACUCCACAUUACACUAAAGAAAGAGCCUAUAGAUAGAAUUUAUGGACAGAUCGACUGUUAUCUUUUCUUGUGUAGGGUCUUAUUUAGUGAGAUCUGGGGAUACCACAGAAAUGAUUCACUAUCACAGCUCCCAUGGAGUUAGUCCAGUCACCAAAUAUACAUGAGAUCCUGUUGGGUGGGUCAGAAUCAAAUUGGUACUUUGAUCCACUUGAGCCGUGAAGUGCUCCCUGUUGUACAAUACGCCAGGCCUGCAGAAUGAAGCAGACUUUUUAUUGUGAAUAAUGAGAACAUAUUUUUCUUCAUGUCGUUUUCUUUGUGUUGAGUGCGAGGAAGAUAAAAUGGCUUAGUAAAAGUAAUAAAAUCAGUACAAUCACUAA